UCGGCCUCGGCCUCUGAAACCAGCCAGACACUGUCGGUUCGGCGCAAGCCCAUCCCAAGGAAGGGCCACACAAAGUCGCGCCGAGGCUGCUUUGCCUGCAAGAGACGGAAAGUCAAGUGCCAGGAGACGCAGCCCGCCUGCCUCAACUGUUCGCGGAUCGGGCUCAAAUGCGAAUAUCCUCCACCGCCCGAGUUAUCGUCUUUGGCGUCCCAAGUUUGGCAGCUAGAACCAACACAGUCUCAGCCCCCCUUCACCAUGCAAGACUUCCGCUUCUUCCAUCAUUUUAUCCUCAACGCUUUCCCACCUCUUCCUAUGAACGGAGACGGCGUAUGGCAGUCCGUCGCGGCCCUCUCGCAUCAAUAUGACUACUUGUUGCACGCCAUGCUAGGCCUCGCCGCUUCGCACUUGAGCCUGUUUGGUGACGAUUCUUCGUCGGUGGCUCUUUCCUACCGCGUGAAGGCUCUACAAAGCCUCAACCAGGCCCUCAACACACCCCCCACGUCAAACAUAGAAGCAGACGCUAGGUUCGCCACCGUGCUAGCCCUGGCAUUCCAGGCUUCUACGAUGCCUGAGGGAAUGGUCGAGUGGGUAACCAUGGCUCGAGGAUGUGGCAUCAUUGCCAGGUCUGAAGCCAUCUACACUUCGGAGAAAUCGAUAUUCUUCACUCUCGGCCAACAGGGUGUGUCCAGAAGCAUAAAGAGGUUAACGCCGCGUGAUCCCAAAAAUCUCCCAGAGCUCCCCACCGAAGAUUUGGUUAGAGAGUUCCUUGUCUCUCUUAGGGCGAUUGCGCCCCUCUGCUCAAGCCCGAUCGAGGUCAUGUUUCUCGCCGAGAUCGAGCGUGCCGCGAAACUGGCCACUGUAUCGGCAGACGAAGCAUUUGCCGCUCUCACGGGUCAAUACGUGAUGCUUAGCCACGCCAGCGAAGAAGAAUACGCCCCCUUUACGAACCCUGAGAACUAUGCAGUUCAGCUCCUGCUGAUCCACUUCUCACUAAUAGAGUACGCCAUGGGCGCUCGCACACUCUCGGAAGAAGGUAUAAAGUUUGUUUACCGCAAAUGGGCAGCCAUCCGGUGGGUGGGCCGUCUCGUCGACACGCUCCCAGAGGAGUUCCACCAAUAUUUAGAGUGGCCCAUCAAAUACGCCCAA